CCCCAAGGGAGAGCCGCUAAUGAGCACACGACGAUGACCAUGGAAGACAGAGCCAAGGCGCACGACGACAGCAGCCUCGAAAAGGCCGUCGCUGCCCGACGCUCCGCGCCCAGGUGGCGAUGGAUCACCAUUGGCCUCAUCGCGCUCCUUUACCUCGCCUUCAACUCGGCCCCGGUCCUGCACACCUGCCGCCAUCUUCGUCUGCAUAGGAGGCCGGCGAUUCCCCAAUGCCCCACGCAGCCAGAGGCCAUUGCUCCCAACAGCACCUGGGAACCGCAGGAGGACGACGCCGAGAUCGAGCUUUUUGCUCAGAGGCUGAGCGAUGCAGUCAAGAUCCCCACCAUGUCCUUUGACGACAUGGACAUGGACCCGCGCAAAGACGCUCGAUUUGAAAUCUUCAACGAGAUGCACGCCUAUCUGGCCAAGACGUAUCCAGUCCUGCACGAGCGCUUUCCCCCGCAAAAGAUCAACACCUACGGCCUCCUCUGGACGAUUCCUGGCCGCGACGCGAGCCUGAGACCGGCACUGUACCUCGCGCAUCAGGACGUCGUGCCGGUGCCUGCGUCCACGCUGGACCAGUGGACCUUUCCGCCCUUCUCGGGCGAGUACGAGCGAUACGACGACAGACGCGGAGGGCUCGUCUGGGGAAGGGGCGCAAGCGACGACAAGGCCAUGCUCACGGCGGUCCUGUCUGCCUUUGAGGAGCUUCUCAAGUCCGGCUGGGAGAACCAGCGCACGAUCCUCAUCGGCUCCGGCUUCGACGAGGAGGUGAGCGGUCCCAGGGGCGCUCUCUCGAUCGCAGAGGCGCUCAAGGCGUCGCUCCCGGACCGAGGAAGGCAGACGCUCGAGUUUGUCAUUGACGAAGGCGGGCUCGGCGUGGGUGUCCAGCAAGGCGGUGUUGAAGUUGCGCUGCCGGCCGUGGCAGAAAAGGGCUACCUCGACGUAACAAUGACCAUCAAGACGCCGGGGGGCCACUCGUCGAUGCCGCCAGACCACACUUCGAUUGGGAUGAUGUCGUCGCUCAUCGCUCACCUCGAAAGCAACCCCCACGAGGCGAUGCUGACGCCGGCGAACCCUGUCCUGACGCACCUCAUCUGCAUGGCCAAUGCGCUCGAGACAAAGGCCCUCCAGACGGUCGAGAGCGAGAAUCUGCUUCUGGACAAGCAGACGCGAAAAGACCUCCGCGACCCGCGCAAGUGGCAUAGGGUAGCUAGGCGAGUCGCCAAGCUGGGCAGCAGGACGGAGCGGUACAUCGUCAAGACGUCCCAGGCGGCCGACAUUGUGCUGGGCGGCGUCAAGGCCAAUGCACUGCCAGAGCACGUAGAGGCCGUGGUCAAUCACCGCAUCGCAAUGGAGAGCAGCGUCGACGAGAUCAAAUCUCGCUUCGAGGAUCUUGUCAGGCCGGUCGCUGAGCGGCUCGGGCUCAAAGUCGUUGGCUUUGACAAGAAGGCGCCGGACGUCAAGCCAGAAGAGAGUGUGCUGAUGCUAACGUACGGAAGAUUCACGGAGCACACGCCCGUCUCGCCCACCGACAGCGCCCAGUUCCGAGCGCUGGCCGGCACCAUUAGGCAAGUUUUCACGACUGAGUCAGGCAAGCACGACCGCCUCGUCUCGCCCGUCAUCAUGACCGGCAACACCGACAGCCGCCACUUUCUGUCCCUCUGCGAAAACGUCUACCGGUUCAAUCCGAACCGGUACAGCGAGCAGUCGGCAAAGCACACCGUCAACGAAAACAUGGACGUCGCGGCCGUGGCCGAGAGCGCCUCCUUCUUCCACGCCCUCGCGCAGAUCACAGAUGAAAAGUUGUAGGCCAAGUGUUAAGGAGGUGGCGCUCGCCUCGAAACAAGUACAUGGAUAAGAUGGUGAUGGUGAUGGUACAGUGUGUAUGUAUGCGUGAAAAUGGUAUAGCAUCAGUGUUAA